AUGGCUGCCAACGCUCGUUACGAGCCUGCCCCGCAGCGGGAUUCCUUCGAGGAUCAGCAGUUCACACAGGCGCCGCCCUCAUAUCAGGCUACAGCUGACCCAGCACCGCGCACCGAGAAUGACAACCUGCCCGAUGACUUCAAGUUCGGUGGCUGCGUGUCGGAAGGCACCAUUGAUAUCCGGAUGCAGUUCGUGCGCAAGGUGUACUCGAUCCUGACCGUCCAACUGCUGGUCACUUUCGGUCUCAGCUCCAUCUCCUUCUUCAGCGAGUCUUACCGCACAUGGAUCCAGAGUAACCCAUGGCUUGUAAUAAUCUCUGUUUUCGGUGCUCUCGGAUUCAUGCUCGCCACGUGGUGGAAAGCCAAGUCAUACCCGACAAACCUCAUCUUCCUGGCCGGCUUCACUCUACUUGAAGGAUACUCGAUCAGUGUGGUGACAUCCUUCUACGAAGUGCGAGUUGUCGUGCAGGCACUAGCCCUGACACUGGGCAUUUUCGUGGCCCUGACGCUCUUUGCAUGCCAAACCAAAUAUGACUUCACCGACUGGAUGCCUUAUCUCUUCGGCGCGCUGUGGUUCAUGGUCCUGUUCGGGUUUGUGGCCAUGUUCAUCCCCUUCGGUAGCACUGCCGAGCUCAUCUACGGUGUCCUUGGGACCCUUAUCUUCUCGGGGUAUAUCCUCGUUGAUACCCAGCUGGUGAUGCGCCACUACCACCUCGAUGACGAGAUCCAGGCUUCGAUCUCUCUGUACUUGGAUGUGAUUAACCUCUUCAUGUCUAUUCUACGUAUCCUGAACAGCCAGAACAACAACUAA